AUGGGAGCACACCAGCGCUUGGGAGCAAUGUCGAAGCUCCGAAUGAUCGACAAUGAAUUGUUACGAAUGAUCAUCGACUACGUUGUGGAGAGCACGGGCGUCCAGAGAUGGAAGUAUCUUCACGGACAGGACAAGCUUGCGCUGACUGACUUCACCACUUUCCGACAUGUUGUGCACGGAACCUUAGUGCAGAUCUCUCACGACAAUGGCGAGUACUACGAGGAUGACUUCCGUGCAAAAGGUUCAAUUUGCCAGCUGGACCAGGGCAAAGGAGAUCGAGUGCCUGCCGAUGGGAUCAUGGCUGGCAAGUGGCAGGUGUCGUAUCAUGGCCCCAACAUCUGCAUCUCGAACGUCAAACAUUCGGGUCAGACUUUGAUGCUGCAUGGAGACGGCUUUCUCUAUGUGCCCGAAACAUCGCCUGUGAUCUCAAUGCUCGGACUACCAGAGCCUCUAGCUCUGAAGGAAAUCUUUGUAGCAUACGUCUUCAUCAAAUAA